AUGUCCAGGAGGACGCUGGGUGGAGGUCGUGUUCUAGGCACUCCGAGCGCACUCGCAUCAGCCCCAUCCCCGCAGCCGAAGCCAAGGGUGCUAUCGCCAACCACCAGCAGCGUUUCCCUGAGCUCCCAAGCUUCCGCUUCUCAAUUCUCAGCCGAAACCCAAGACCUUACUUCACGCAUAUCGCUUGAGAAUGGCGACACUUCAAUAUCUGCAGCUCCGGCGGCGCCCGGAGCUCAGCUCUCGUGUCCGAUCUGCAAUGAGGAGAUGGUGACUUUGCUGCAGCUUAAUAGGCAUCUCGACGACAUUCACCAGAACCUAGAAGACGACAGACAAGAUGAAGUCAAGGAUUGGUUCAAGGUUCAAAUGGAGAAAGCGAGGCGCUUCCAACCCCUUGCCGUGCUAAAUCAAAAGCUCAAGGGCCUGGACGUGUUCGAGUCGAACGAGAAUCAGAACCCUUCGGUUCCUAGUCGCCCUGUGGCAACUCACGCAGGACCACCCGAGCCCUCGAUUACCCCGAAGCUAUUGGACCCGGAGGAUCUGAUCACGAAGGAACAUUGGCAAGCUCCCGGUCUCUAUGACAGUUGCUUGGAGCCCUCAUGCGGGAAACGACUCAAUACGACCAAUGGAUGCGUGAACUGUCGGAAAUGCGGGAAGCUUUUCUGUGAGGAGCAUACAAUGUACCAGAUCAAAUUAUCGAGGUCGGCACAGCACGAACCAGUGAGAGGAAUCUGGGCUCGAGUUUGUGAAACAUGCUACAAAUCGAGAGAAGGCUACAAUGAUCAUACAGGAUUCGUAAGAGAUCAAACGGAUGCUUUCAAAAAGAUUCGAAAGCAGACAGUUGAUAAGGAUUUCCUCGAAGUCUCUCGCCUCGAGAAACGCUUAACACGACUCACACAACUUUUGGCCAGUCUCCCGCCAGACCAAAUACAGAACAGUUCGACGAAGCUGUUCUCUAUCGCAUGGCAGAGUGAUCAAAGGAAAGCUCUAGAGCAGACAGUAGUCAGCUGGCAGGAUGACGCCAGCGUCUCACGUUGUCCUUUCUGCCAGCAAGAUUUUUCUGGAUAUUCAUUCCGGAGGCACCACUGCAGAACUUGCGGACGGGUUGUCUGUGGUGACCUAAACACGGGCUGUUCCAGUGAAAUUGGACUAAGUAUUACACCUCUUUCCAAAUCGUCAGAAAAAUCCACGGCAAAGAAUCUUAUUAGUGUCGAUGUGAGGCUUUGCAAAGAAUGCAAGAGUACCAUCUUCGAUCGGCGAGACUUCGAAGCAGAUGUCUCGAAGAAACCUCCCGAGGUCAGGGCGUAUGAGAACCUUGUCCAGUUCGAAAGAGGCAUCCGCCUUCACUUACCCAGGUUUCAGAAGCUUCUCACUGGACUACAAGAUCCAAGGCGGCCACCAUCUUCUGCACAGAUUGCCGAUGCUUCGAAAGUCCGAAAGCGACUCAUCGAUUCAUUUGCCAAGUACAAUGUUGCGGCUCGGCGGAUCCGUGACUUACCAACCGACUCUCCCACUCAACAACGGCUACAGAAAGCUAUAUACCAACAAGCCAGCAAUUUCUUGCAUCUUCACAUGUUACCCUUGAAAUCUCUUCCUAAAGUUCUCAAGCAUGCCCCCGCAGGAGAUCUCACGCCAAGUCGUACAUCAUCUCCAAGCACACCAAUAAAUGAAUCAUCGGCUGGUGCUCGACCGCAAGAUUCUGCACUUGCUUCGAUCAAAUAUAACAAUCGGGUUGCCGCCAGUGGCAGCACCAGCAGCUUAGCCAGCGACGCUAGCAGCGCCGUAUCAGCACUCGAGGCGGAAGAAAAAUCCCUUCGAGAACGGCUGAUCGUUCUUGAAGAGCAGAAAUUCUUUGUUUCCGAGAUGAUCGCAGAUGCGAACCGACGUCGCAAGUUCGACGAAGUGAGCAGUCUAGCGGUCAAUGUCGAGGAUCUCAGUCGUGAAAUCGACCGAGUCAACGGAAUGCUCGCUGGACUUGAUUUUGAAGGCGUUUACACUGGCAAUUUACAAGCCAAUGCUUGA